GAGGGUCACAAUUCUAAACUUAACCACAAAAUCUUGAAGAUGAUGAGUAUGGAAAACAGUUUUGAAAUAACAGCUCUUUAACUAGUUUAGCUUCCUGCAUUAUGUUAUGUAACUUCUAUAUUUUUUCUUGUUAAUCAAGGGUUAGCAACCGCCUCCUGCACUACUUGCUAGUAUAAUAAAAUGUCUCAAUGGGAUGUCCCUUUUGACGCUUAUGGCAACAUGGAAUUUAUCCAUUAAGAGGAAGCAAGCUGAUAUCUGUGUCUUUUCAAUAUCUUGCUCUCACUAGUCCGGAUUUCACCUUUGGGUGAAUAAGGUGUCCCAAUUUAUGCAUAAACCUCCUGAUGUGCACUAAAAAGUGUUCUCCGCUACUUGCGUGGGACUAGCUUUCAUGGUCUACUGUUAUGAACUCAGCGCUCUCUCUCUGUAUGCUUAUUCCAAUGCUGAUUGGGCCGGUGAUCCAUCUACCUGUGUUAGUACCACUGGCUCUAGUGUUCCUUGGCUCUAAUACCAUUUCCUGGCGAGCCGCAAAACAAAACAAAGGGCAGUAGCUCAGAGUUCCACGGAGGCUGAAUAUCGUGCCUUAGUGGCUGCUGCUUCUGAACUGGUUUGGGUUCGAAAUCUUCAUCAAAAGCUUGGUGUUUCUGGUCUUGGUUCUCCUGCUCUAUUUUGUGAUAAUAUUGGUGCCACUUACUUAAGCCUUAAUCCAAGCUUACACUCUUGGAUGAAACACAUUGCUAUUGAUUUACACUUUGUUUGGGAUCUGGUUGAUCAGAAAAUUCUUUAUGUUUCUCACAUUUCUUCUCACGACCAGCUUGCAGAUGGUCUUACCAAGGCUCUGUCAACAGUUCGUGGUUCCAAGAUUAGUGUUGCUGAUGUCACCUCCAUCUUACAGGAGCGUGUUAAGGUCCUACAUGAUCUGCAUUCAAUGCCAACGUGAUUCUAGGAUUUAAUCAAUAUGUAAUUUAUGAGUUUAUGAUAUUGUAUCGUAUAUAUUGUUUCCGUAUCAGUUAAGAUUCUGUGUGAAGUAACUUUGUAUAUAUUGUUUACAAAGAUAGCAAUAAUAAUAUGGCAGUCUACCU